AGACAGGGGCGUCACCGUGUUGUUGAUAGAAGCUGGUGGGGACGACGGGGGAACCCUUUUAUCACCGUGCCAGCCUUCGCGUCCCUCAACUAUCGAACAGACAACGACUGGCAGUAUUUCACGGAGCCACAGCCGAGUGUAAUGAAAGGUUUUGUUAACGGUCGAUCGUACUGGCCUCGUGGUAAAGUCCUAGGCGGUACUGGCAGCAUCAAUGGCAUGCAGAUAACUCGAGGCUCCAGACACGACUUUGACAGGUGGGCCAGGUACGUCAGAGAUAACAGCUGGGACUACAACCAUGUCUUACCUUACUUCAAGAAGCUGGAGGAUAUGCUGGUGUUGGAACUCAGGAACUCAGACUAUCACGGAAAAGGUGGGCCCGUCCCUGUCAGCAUCACGGACCCUCUGCCCAUCGUUGACCGGCUGCUUGAAGCUGGGAGAGACACCGGCUACACCGUGAACCCAGACUACAACGGUGCCACACAAGAAGGAAUAUCUAGGCCUCAGGUCAACGUCAAAUUCGGCCAGAGAUGGUCAACGUCCAGGGCUUACAUCCACCCAGCGUUAAACAGGACAAACCUGCACGUCUCGCUCAACUCUACAGUCACCAAAGUACAAAUUGACGGGGACAGAACUACAGGUAUUAUUUUCAUCAGAAACGGGAAAAAGACGGAAGUCAAAGCCAGACAUGAGGUCAUCCUGUCUGCAGGAACUGUUGGCUCUCCACAGAUUCUAAUGCUGUCUGGUGUUGGUCCUAAGGAACAUCUGGAAGCCUUGAAAAAUGUUCUAGGAGUUGAUCUGUUGCCAUCUAUGUUUACGACGUCUGUGCGCAGUGUUCUACAUAAGUCCACCUCAUGUCUCCAGAUACAAGUUAGGCGAGAUCUCCCCGUCGGUUACAACCUACAGGACCACUUGUUCUUUGAAGUUGGUAUCAAGAUCAAUCAGUCCUUGACACUGAACCGCCAUUACAGGACAGACCCAGCGAACAUCAUCAAGUAUGUUAUCAAUGGCACUGGUCCUCUCGCCUCGCCUCCGUACCAGGCUCUCGCGUUCAAAUCAUUGUCCAAUAACUCAAGUUCCCCGCCGGAACUGCAGCUCGAGUUCCCUGUCCUUCUUCCAGGAACAUCAGACGGCACCCUGGGCUACACACCGGAAGUACUAGCUGAGAUGAAGAAGAGAGACUCAGCACAGUACGGGCUGAUGUGUAACCCAACUUUGAUACGGCCAAAAAGUAGAGGCAGGAUAACACUUCGCUCGGACGAUCCUUUCGAUAAGCCGAUAAUUUAUGCUAAUUAUCUCAGUGACAAGGACGAUAUCGAUGUUUUGAUUCAAGGUAUCAGAGAGUGUGAAAAGAUUGUCAAUACCAGCACCAUGCAGGUUAUCGGGGCUGAAUUAACUGACGACACGCCCGUGUCCCAGUGUUCCCGGUUCACGUUCAGAUCUCGCGAGUACAUGGAGUGUCUGGUCAAGCUGAGGCCAUGUAGUGACUAUCACCCCGUGGGGACCUGCAAGAUGGGACCUAGAGAUGACCCUACGGCCGUGGUGGACUCUCAGUUGAGAGUACACGGAGUACGUGGUCUGCGCGUGGUGGACGCCUCUAUAAUGCCAGACAUUGUCUCCGGGAAUCUACAGGCCUCUGUUAUCAUGAUUGCUGAGAAGGUUGUCGACCUAAUUAUCAAGACCCUAAACUAAAACACUGAAGAUAUGCAUUAAAAUAUUUGGCUUUUAA